AUGACGAGAAGCGAUGACGAUGAAUUUGAUUUUAACCGCAAGAUCAGAAUCGGCGUUUGCGUUAUGGAAAAGAAGGUGAAAUGCGGCCCGGAGGUGUUUUCGGCUCCUAUGGGACAAAUUCUGGAACGGUUGCAAGCUUUUGGUGAAUUUGAGGUCGUCCAUUUUGGGGACAGAGUUAUACUAGAGGAACCGGUAGAUAGGUGGCCAAUAUGUGAUUGUUUGAUUGCUUUCCAUUCAUCUGGGUAUCCGCUUGAAAAGGCAGAAGCAUAUGCUGAAUUAAGAAAGCCUUUCCUUGUAAAUGAACUGGAACAACAGCACCUUCUUCAUGACAGGAGGAAAGUAUAUGAGUGUCUUGAAUCAUAUGGAAUUCCCGUUCCUCGGUAUGCACUUGUAAACAGAGAAAAGCCAUAUCAAGAGUUGGAUUAUUUUGUCGAAGAAGAAGAUUUUGUUGAGGUUCAUGGGCAGCAAUUUUGGAAGCCUUUCGUGGAGAAGCCCGUUCAUGGUGACGAUCAUAGCAUAAUGAUCUAUUACCCCAGUUCAGCAGGCGGUGGAAUGAAGGAAUUGUUCCGAAAGGUUGGCAACAGAUCAAGUGAGUUUCAUCCAGAGGUUAGAAGGGUAAGGCGUGAAAGCUCUUACAUUUACGAGGAAUUCAUGCCAACAGGGGGAACAGAUGUCAAGGUGUAUACAGUUGGUCCAGAAUAUGCACAUGCUGAAGCCCGGAAGUCUCCUGUUGUUGAUGGUGUUGUUAUGAGAAAUCCUGAUGGCAAAGAAGUCAGGUAUCCUGUGCUUCUUACACCUAACGAGAAGCAAAUGGCAAGAGAAGUGUGCAUCGCAUUUAGACAAGGGGUGUGUGGGUUUGAUCUCCUGCGUUGCGAAGGUCGCUCAUAUGUUUGUGAUGUGAACGGAUGGAGCUUUGUCAAGAACUCCUACAAAUAUUAUGAUGAUGCUGCUUGUGUGUUGAGAAAGAUGUUUUUAGAUGCAAAAGCUCCCCAUCUUUCAACUGCAAUUCCACCAAUUCUGCCCUGGAAAGUCAACGAACCAGCUCAGCCUUCUGAGGGACUAACACGUCAAGGAAGUGGGAUUGGCUCAUUUGGGCAAGCUGAAGAGCUACGUUGUGUAAUUGCAGUUGUUCGUCAUGGUGAUAGAACUCCAAAGCAAAAGGUGAAGUUAAAGGUCACCGAGGAAAAACUGUUAAGUUUGAUGCUAAAAUACAAUGGAGGAAGGCCUAGAGCCGAGACGAAACUCAAAAGUGCAGUCGAGUUGCAGGAUUUGUUAGAUGCUACACGUAUAUUGGUACCUCAUACCAGUGAAGCAGAGUACAUUGAGCAUGCAGAAAAACUUCGUCAAGUUAAAGCAGUUCUUGAAGAGGGUGGUCAUUUCUCUGGCAUUUAUCGGAAGGUGCAACUAAAGCCACUUAAAUGGGUUAAAGUUUCAAAAGGGGACACUGAAGAGGAACGUCCCAUAGAAGCAUUGAUGGUUCUUAAAUACGGGGGUGUACUCACACAUGCUGGUCGAAAACAGGCGGAAGAACUUGGCAGAUAUUUUCGCAACAAUAUGUAUCCAGGUGAAGGGACAGGGUUACUCCGCCUCCAUAGUACUUAUCGGCAUGACCUUAAAAUUUACAGCUCAGAUGAGGGUCGUGUGCAGAUGUCAGCUGCAGCAUUUGCGAAAGGACUUCUAGACUUGGAAGGACAAUUAACCCCAAUCUUGGUUUCUCUUGUUAGCAAGGACUCUUCAAUGCUUGAUGGACUUGAUAAUGCCAGUACCAAGAUGGAAGAGGCCAAGGAUCGAUUGAAUGAAUUGAUAACAUCUGCAGCAAAGUUAGUUCAAAGUCAUGGAUCAUCCACCAAACCCUGGAUGGUGGAUGGGGCUGGAAUUCCUCCAAAUGCUUUUGAACUUCUACCUGAACUGGUGAAACUUACUAAAAAGGUUACUGAACAAGUGAGACUACUUGCAAAAGAUGAAGAUGAAAAGCUUACUGAGACAACCUCAUACGAUGUGAUUCCUCCAUAUGAUCAAGCAAAAGCACUUGGUAAGACAAAUAUAGAUGUUGACCGCAUUGCUGCUGGAUUACCUUGUGGAAGUGAAGGCUUUCUUUUAAUGUAUGCACGCUGGAGGAAACUGGAGAGAGAUUUAUACAAUGAACGCAAAGAACGAUAUGAUAUUACCCAAAUUCCAGAUGUUUAUGAUUCCUGCAAGUAUGAUCUCUUACACAACGCACAUCUUAACAUAGAGGGUUUGGGCGAGCUAUUCAAAGUUGCACAGUUGCUUGCAGAUGGUGUUAUACCUAACGAGUAUGGUGUUAAUCCAAAGCAGAAGUUAAAGAUAGGCUCAAAGAUUGCCCGUCGUUUGCUAGGAAAAAUUUUGAUUGAUCUGAGGAAUACGCGUGAAGAAGCCAUUAAUGUUGCAGAAUUGAAGAGUCAGUGUCAGGACACAAAUUCUAUAGCAGUUGUUAAAGAAUAUACAGACCGUCAACAAAAGAGCGUGAUAAAGAAUGAUGGAUCAAGAAGGACCAAUGAAAAGUCUAUGGAUACGGAUGAUGAUGAGGACAAAGAAAUUAAGUAUCGCUUAGAUCCAAAAUAUGCUAACGUGCGGACGCCAGAAAGACAUGUUCGAACUCGCCUUUAUUUUACAUCGGAAUCUCAUAUUCAUUCCCUGAUGAAUGUUCUUCGUUACUGUAACUUGGACGAGUCUCUUCAAGGGGAGGGGAGCCUUGUUUGUGAUAGCGCUUUAGAACGGUUAUCGACAACCCAAGAACUUGACUAUAUGAGCUAUAUAGUUUUGAGGAUGUUUGAGAAUAUAGAGGUGAAUUUGGAAGACCCGAAAAGAUACCGUGUCGAGAUGACUUUUAGCCGUGGUGCCGAUUUAUCCCCCUUAGAGCAAAACAACCUUGAGGCAUCUCCGUUGCAUCAGGAGCACACAUUACCAAUAAUGGGUCCAGAAAGGCUACAAGAAGUAGGAGCAUACCUUACUUUAGAAAAAAUGGAAAAAAUGAUUCGACCGUUCGCCAUGCCUGCCGAAGACUUCCCCCCACCCACAAUCCCUCAAGGCUUCUCCGGUUACUUUAGAAGUGCUGGAGUUUUGGAGCGACUGGUAGAUCGAAAUUGUUCGAUGGUACAUGCAGUUAGUCAUAGCUUUUUGUCCAUCACCAGGGAUUCCUUUGUAUAA